AUGACCGAGAAAAUUACUGAUGUUAAUUGUAUAUUACGACCGAUGAACUGCGAAAUUAAUUUGUUAUCAAGAUCCGAUGGUUCCACAAUGUUUAUGCAAGGUGAUACUACAAUUAUCGCAGGUGUUAAUGGACCUUUGGAAACAAGAAGCCAAAAAAUGGCAUAUGACAGGGUUUCAAUUGAAGUUACAUAUACUCCUCUUAAAGGACCAGCGAAGAUUGAUGAUAGAUUAAUCGAAACGUAUAUAAAAGAGACCUGUGAAUCUGCUGUAUUAGUUUCAUUUCAUCCUAACACUAUGGUGUGCAUUAAUCUACAAGAGAUGCAAGAUUCUGGUGGGUUAUUAGCUUGUGCCAUUAAUGCAUCGUGUUUGGCAUUAAUUAAUUCAGGACUUUCAAUGAAAUUCACUGUUGCAGCUGUAAGUUGCAUGAUAGAGAAAGAAACAGGAGACAUAAUCAUGGAUCCUAACAGCUCACAGUUAAAAAAUGCAAAAGCGGAAUUUACAUAUACGUUUGACAGUAUUAAUAAAGAUAUUAUAUGCUGUCAUAGCAUCGGUCAAUUUUCUCAAAACGAAUUUUUAGCUUCGAUGAAUAAAUGCAAGCAAGUGAGUCAAUAUGUGUUCGAUUAUUAUAGGGAAGUUACAAAGAAGUAUGCAAAUACAAUAUAACAAAAUUAUUUAUUUUAAAUAAACAUUCUUUUUU